AUCACAUUUGUGUCAUUCAUUUGUCAAAAUAUUCAAUUCAAUCCAAAAUCCAUUAUUUAUUUUAUUUAUUGAAAUCUAUUCCUCGGAAUAGAUUUUUUUAAAUUACCUGUAAACUUAAACUAACACUAUUUAUAAUGGCAAAUGACGAACCUUCAGAUUUAGAUUGGAUCCAAUUGCGCCGUGAAAUGGGUCCUGCAUAUCAAGGUGAAACUACCGCAGAAAAAUUCGCACGAAAAUUUUAUGAAAACCCAUUUGUGCCUAUAGGAUGCCUUGCAACGGCUGGAGCUCUAUCAUAUGGUUUAUGGUGUUUCCGAACUGGAAGAAGUCAAUUAUCACAGAAAAUGAUGCGGGUCAGAAUUGUUGCACAAGGUUUGACAAUAACAGCUUUAGUUGUUGGGGUUGUUAUGACUGCAGGGAAAACUUUAAAAUAAUUAACCCUAACUAGGUUUAAUAGUAAUAAAUUUAAUAAAAAGAGUAAAGCUUAUAUUUUUUGUGCCCUAGAAUUAGAGACUCAAAUAUAUGUUAAUGAAAAGUU